GCAACCCGCAGCGCCAGGCCGCGGCCGGCCCUCCCCCAUCCCCUCCCCGGGCGGCGGCGGCGGCGGCGCCGGCGGAGCCCGGGCAGGCGGCGGCGAGGCAGGAGGGGCGCGAUGGCGUCCUACGUGGAUAACAGCUUCCGCCAGGCGGUGAUGAAGAACCCGGCGGAGAGGAGCCCCCAGGAUUUGGAGAUUGUGUAUUCCUAUUUACAUGGAAUGGAAGCCUUGUGUAAUCUGAGAGAGCAUCAGCUAAGACUGAUGUGUGAAACUGUUAGAUAUGAAAGGCAUGAAGCAAAUGAAGUUCUGUACUACCCUGAUGAUAUUGGUACCUGUUGGUAUAUCCUGCUGUCUGGUUCAGUCUUCAUUAAAGAAUCUAUGUUUCUUCCAAGGAGCAGUUUUGGCAAGCGUUCUGCAGGAAGCUUCAGGCGUGGCUGUGAAUGCAUUGUUUUAGAGCCAUCUGAAAUGAUUGUGGUUGAUUACAUGGAUGAAAAUGAGGAGUAUUUUCAGCGUCAAGCUUCUCAUAGGCAAUCUCGAAGAAGAUUUAGGAAAAUCAACCAAAAAGGGGAGCGACAAACAAUUAUUGAUACUGUUGACCCUUAUCCUGUGGGGAAGCCACCUCUACCUAGAGGUUACCAUACGGAAUGCACUAAACCUCAGCUUCCUGCAGAUUUCACAAAGCUGCACCUUACUGACAGUCUCCACCCACAGGUGACCCACGUUUCAUCUAGUCACUCAGGAUGUAGCAUCACUAGUGAUUCAGGAAGCAGCAGCCUUUCUGAUAUCUACCAGGCUACAGAAAGUGAGGCUGGUGAUAUGGAUCUUAGUGGGUUGCCAGAGACAGCAGUGGAUUCUGAGGAUGAUGAUGAUGAAGAAGACAUUGAAAGGGCAUCGGAUCCUUUGAUGAGUAGGGAUAUUGUUAGAGACUGCUUGGAGAAAGACCCAAUAGACAGAACAGAUGAUGACAUUGAACAACUACUGGAAUUCAUGCAUCAAUUGCCUGCUUUCGCCAACAUGACAAUGUCAGUGAGGAGGGAGCUCUGUGCUGUGAUGGUGUUUGCAGUUGUGGAGAGAGCAGGAACUAUUGUACUGAACGAUGGGGAAGAGCUGGAUUCCUGGUCAGUCAUUUUGAAUGGCUCUGUGGAGGUGACGUACCCUGAUGGAAGAACAGAGAUACUCUGCAUGGGGAACAGUUUUGGUGUUUCCCCUACCAUGGAAAAGGAAUAUAUGAAAGGAGUGAUGAGAACCAAAGUGGAUGACUGCCAGUUUGUUUGUAUAGCCCAGCAAGAUUAUUGCCGCAUCCUCAAUCAAGUAGAAAAGAACAUGCAGAAGGUAGAAGAGGAAGGGGAGAUUGUGAUGGUGAAGGAGCACAGGGAGCUUGAUCGCACUGGAACAAGAAAAGGUCACAUUGUCAUCAAGGGAACAGCUGAAAGGUUAACAAUGCAUUUGGUGGAAGAGCACUCUGUGGUAGACCCAACAUUUAUAGAGGACUUCCUGUUGACAUAUCGGACCUUUCUUUCCAGCCCGAUGGAAGUGGGCAAGAAGUUGUUGGAGUGGUUCAAUGACCCCAGCCUCAGGGAUAAGGUUACACGGGUAGUAUUGUUGUGGGUGAACAAUCACUUCAAUGAUUUUGAAGGAGAUCCUGCUAUGACUCGAUUUUUGGAAGAAUUUGAGAACAAUUUGGAGAGGGAGAAAAUGGGUGGACAUUUGAGGCUGUUAAAUAUUGCUUGUGCUGCUAAAGCUAAACGAAGAUUGAUAACCUUAACAAAGCCAUCUCGAGAAGCCCCUUUGCCUUUUAUCUUGCUGGGAGGGUCAGAAAAGGGAUUUGGAAUCUUUGUUGACAGUGUAGAUUUUGGUAGCAAAGCCACAGAAGCAGGCUUGAAACGUGGAGACCAGAUACUGGAAGUGAAUGGUCAAAACUUUGAAAACAUUCAGCUGUCAAAAGCCAUGGAAAUCCUUAGAAAUAACACUCAUCUGUCUAUCACUGUGAAAACAAAUUUAUUUGUUUUUAAAGAACUCUUAACACGGUUGUCAGAGGAAAAAAGAAAUGGUGCUCCCCACCUGCCUAAAAUUGGUGAUAUUAAAAAGGCGAGUCGUUAUUCCAUCCCAGACCUUGCUGUUGAUGUGGAGCAGGUAAUAGGAUUAGAAAAAGUAAAUAAGAAAAGUAAAGCCAACACAGUUGGGGGAAGAAAUAAAUUAAAGAAGAUACUUGACAAGACUCGAAUCAGUAUUCUGCCUCAGAAACCGUACAAUGACAUUGGAAUUGGCCAGUCUCAGGAUGACAGCAUUGUGGGACUGAGGCAAACAAAGCACAUUCCUCCUGCUUUACCUGUCAGCGGAACCCUGUCAUCCAGUAAUCCCGAUCUACUGCAGUCUCAUCACCGCAUCUUAGACUUCAAUACUACUCCGGACUUACCAGAUCAAGUUCUGAGGGUUUUCAAGGCAGAUCAGCAAAGUCGCUACAUCAUGAUCAGUAAGGACACAACAGCAAAAGAAGUGGUCAUCCAGGCUAUCAGGGAGUUUGCUCUCACUGCAACCCCUGAUGCAUAUUCACUAUGCGAAGUGUCUGUCACACCUGAGGGUGUGAUCAAGCAAAGGAGGCUUCCUGAUCAGUUAUCCAAGCUUGCUGACAGGAUACAGCUGAGUGGCAGGUAUUACCUGAAGAACAACAUGGAAACAGAAACUCUUUGUUCAGAUGAAGAUGCUCAAGAGUUACUAAGGGAAAGUCAAAUUUCCCUAUUACAGCUCAGUACUGUUGAGGUGGCUACCCAACUCUCCAUGAGAAACUUCGAGCUAUUCCGUAAUAUUGAACCCACGGAAUACAUAGAUGACUUGUUUAAACUCAAAUCAAAAACAGGUUGCACUAAUCUAAAAAAAUUUGAAGAGGUGAUAAAUCAAGAAACAUUCUGGGUGGCUUCUGAGAUUCUAAGAGAAACCAACCAGCUGAAAAGGAUGAAGAUCAUUAAGCAUUUCAUUAAGAUAGCACUACACUGCAGAGAAUGCAAGAACUUCAACUCAAUGUUUGCCAUCAUUAGUGGCCUGAAUUUGGCACCAGUUGCAAGGCUCCGAACUACUUGGGAAAAGCUUCCAAGCAAGUAUGAAAAACUGUUUCAAGAUCUACAGGACUUGUUUGAUCCAUCUAGGAAUAUGGCAAAAUAUCGUAAUGUCCUUAACAGCCAAAACCUACAGCCCCCCAUUAUACCCCUGUUUCCUGUUAUCAAAAAAGACCUUACAUUCCUUCAUGAAGGAAAUGAUUCAAAAGUGGAGGGCUUGGUCAAUUUUGAGAAGCUGAGAAUGAUUGCAAAGGAGAUACGCCAUGUCGGUCGCAUGGCAUCUGUGAACAUGGAUCCUGCUUUAAUGUUUAGAACAAGGAAGAAGAAAUGGAGGAGUUUGGGGUCUCUCAGCCAGGGCAGUACAAAUGCAGCUGUGCUGGAUGUCGCGCAAACGGGGGGUCAUAAAAAGCGGGUCCGUCGCAGCUCCUUCCUUAAUGCUAAAAAACUGUAUGAAGAUGCUCAGAUGGCACGGAAAGUGAAGCAGUAUCUCUCAAACUUGGAUCUGGAAAUGGAUGAAGAGAGCCUCCAGACACUGUCUCUGCAGUGUGAGCCAGCCACCAACACACUGCCGAAGAAUACAGGAGACAAGCGAUCUGGAAAGUCUGAAACGUCACCGGUGGCUCCCCGGGCAGGCAUCCAGCAGAAAGUGCAGCAGCAGCAGCAACAUAAAGUAAACCAAGCAUUGCAGGUCCCUGCCGUAUCUCUUUAUCCCUCUCGCAAGAAAGUGCCGGUCAAAGACCUCCCACCAUUUGGCAUUAACUCCCCACAAGCUUUAAAGAAAAUUCUUUCCUUAUCUGAAGAAGGAAGUUUGGAUCGUCACAAGAAACAAUCUGAAGACACGGUUUCAAGUGCGUCUUCGCAGCUGUCUUCUCCUCCCACUUCACCACAGAGCUCUCCAAGGAAAGGUGGCAGUGCUGAUCAUUUGAGGCCUUAUGGAUCCAGACUAACAGAGCUAACCAGUUGGUCCUCUCCUCUUGGAAGCUAUACUUUGGCUCCUAGCGGCACAGUGGAUAACUUUUCAGAUUCUGGUCACAGCGAAAUUUCUUCCAGAUCUAGUAUUGUCAGCAAUUCCUCUUUUGACUCUAUGCCAGUCUCCCUGCAUGAUGAGAGGAGACAGAGACAUUCUGUCAGCAUCGUGGAGACAAAUCUUGGUGUGGGAAGGAUUGAUAGAAGAAUCAUGAUUGAACCAGAUCAAUACAGCUUAGGCUCAUAUGCACCACUGUCAGAGACCAGAGGCCUGUAUGCUGGAGCAACUGUGCUUUCUUCUCCUAGUACAGAAGAACUGUCACAGGAUCAGGGGGACAGAGCUUCGCUCGAUGCAGCUGACAGUGGCCGUGGUAGCUGGACUUCAUGUUCGAGCGGUUCUCAUGACAACAUACAAACAAUACAGCACCAGAGAAGCUGGGAGACUCUGCCUUUUGGACAUGCUCAUUUCGAUAGUUCAGGCGAUGGGGCAGGACUGUGGGCCUCGGGCAGUCAUAUGGACCAGCUGAUGUUCCCUGAUCAUGGCACAAAGUAUGGCAGGCAAAGUCAAGGUAGGGAGGGCCUUGAUCAAGCACAGUCCAGAGCAAGCUGGGCAUCCUCGACAGGAUACUGGGGAGAGGACUCGGAAGGUGAUACAGGUACCAUAAAGCGGAGGGGUGGGAAGGAUGUUUCAAUUGAAGCUGAAACCAGUAGCAUAACAUCUGUACCAGCAGAGGAGUCAAAGCCAGCUCCCAUGCCCACUCAUAUAGCAGUAUCAUCAAGUAGUACAAAGGGGCUUAUUGCACGAAAAGAGGGUCGAUACCGGGAACCACCUCCAACUCCUCCUGGUUACGUAGGAAUACCUAUUGCUGAGUUUGCAGAAGGUGGUUCCCAUCCAACCAGAAAGCCUCCAGAUUACAACAUAGCACUUCAGAGGUCUAGAAUGGUGGCGCGGACAUGUGAGACUCAUGGGACAUCAACUCCACAGCAGCAGUCACAUGGCCAUUCAACUAGCAGGCCUGUGAACAAACCCCAGUGGCAUAAACCAAAUGAGUCAGAUCCACGUCUUGCUCACUAUCCAUCUCAAGGGUUUUCCACAGAGGAAGAUGAAGAUGAACAAGUCUCUGCUGUCUAAGACUUGGGCUUUUCUGGAUCCAGAGUGAGCCACCUUAAAGGAGAGCACAAGAAGACGUCCCUAGAAUAGGAGCCUUGGAACUAUAGUUAAAGGAUGGUGGACCUAUUUGCCUCCUUCCCUGCCUUAAAGCAGCAUGGGGCUUCUUCCUCUGCCCCUCCCCCUUCUGUCCCCUCUCCCCUUGCAUGUGAAAUACUGUGAAGAAAUCGCCCUGGCACUUUUCAAACUGUGUUGCUUGAAAUGCACAGUGCAGCAAUCUCCAAGCUACCACUGUCGCUGUCUGCCACAUCACACAGUAUCAUUCCAAAUUCCAAGAUCAUCACAUCAGGAUGAUUAACUCUGGCUGCACUUCCCAAUGCCUGGAAGGGUUUUUUGUUUUUAAAUCUUCCUUUUAGAUUUUAAUCACAAUCCUAGCACUUAGUCUCAUUGGGAUAAUGAGAUAAGCUAGUUGUCAAAUUACAUUUGGCCUUUAACCUACAAAGAGAAAAAUGCAUUGAAAUCCUUCAAGGAGGCAGUGCUUUUUUGCUUGUUUACAAUGCCUUUGUUACGAUUUUGUAUGUUUGUGUUUCGGAGAUCAAAUACUGCAUCUGCGUAGUAAUUACAGUAUUAUUUCAUACCUGUAAGUAGGGUUGCCAGCCUGAGCUCCUGGAAAGAAUAUUGCUAUCACGUGGCUGAGCAGGGCAGAAGGGAAGACAGAGGUUACGGGAUGCAGCCUUUGCUUGACCGUCUCGCUUCACUCUUAAUGUGCCCCACCCUGGAACCUUCAAAAGUUUGUAAAUGUUAGCAUUAAUAGCAUCCUCAGCCGGGUCUGGCGUAAAUGCAGAAACACAUGCUUGCAACUGGCCGGUGAUGGAAGAGGACACUGUGUGUUUCAUACCUGUGCCUUGCGUAAUACAGGAUGGCAUACUAAAAAAGAAAGUGUCCCAUUCUAAUGAGACAGACGGCAACCCCACCUUUAAGUUAUAUAUUAUUUUUAUUAUUUUUUUUUACUAUAUAGUAGUUAUAUUAAAAGAAAAAUUAACUGGAUAACAUUGCAGUGAAGGCAAGUUGGGAUGUCACAGCUCGUGUCAGCUGUUAACACUGAUCUAAUAACCUCCAUCUAUUGACUUUGGCAUUAGGGGAUAAACGAGCCUUUAAGUAAUGAAAAAUAACAUGUUUAGAUUUGCCAGCCUUUGCAAUGCAGAAAUAGUCACAACUGUUAAUGGCUUCAUGGAACACUGCAUGUGUAGAGAAGGCCAAUGUGUAGCAACCACCUGCUCACAGCUGCUAUUAACCCUAUAAUGACUGAAAUGACCCUCCCCUCUAUUUUUGUGUUGUUUUUGCACAGACUCCGGAGAAGUGAAGGCUGCCAAUCCGAGUAGUACUCAAAUGUGAGGAACUGCUGGUCUUGGAUUUUUUUUUUUUUUUCCAUUGAACUCAGCUGAUCAUAUUGAUCAGUAGAUAAACGUAAAUAGCUUCAACUUUUAAAGAUCAAAUUGCAGUGUUUUUUCACUGUAUCAAACAAAUGUCAGUGCUUUAUUUAAUUCUCUCUCCUGUAAUCAUAGCUUUUGUCUAUUUGCUUAUAUAUCACAUUGUCAAUUAUGCAUUUGUAAUUUUACAUGUAAUAUGCAUUAUUUGCCAGUUUUAUUCUCAAGGCUAUGGACCUCAUGUGCAUAUAGAAAUACAAAAUCCUAGCUCUAUCACAAGUUGCACAAAUGUUAUAUAAGCAUUAAGUAAUUGUAGACCAUAGGACUGCUAAUCUCAGUUCGCUCUGUGAUGUCAAGUGCAGAAUGUACAAUUAACUGGUGAUUUCCUCAUACUUUUGAUACUACUUGUACCUGUAUGUCUUUUAGAAAGACAUUGGUGGAGUCUGUAUCCCUUUUGUAUUUUUAAUACAAUAAUUGUACAUAUUGGUUAUAUUUUUGUUGAAAAUGGUAGAAAUGUACUAUGUUUAUGCUUCUACAUCCAGUUUGUAUGAAGCUGGAAAAUAAAUAAAUAUAACAUUAAUGAAGUCCAUAUUGAUUCUUAUGCAUUUUACAUGUUCCACAUACUUGAACAAAUUUAUGAAAAAAUUUUACUUCUCUGUGUAUUAAUAUUAAAGGGACAUUGCCAAGUGAUGUGGGCAAA